AUGGUGGCCUACGCGUGCCCCUGCAGCCGGCCCUCGCUGUGCCAGCCGGUCACAGCCACCCACCAGCGUGAAGUGUUUGGCUUCUCUGUCAGCCAGGAUACGCCGUACGAGCGGUAUGACUGGAGCCAGCUGACGACCGUGGCCUGGAACGAGGACCCCGCCCUCAUGUGCGCCGCACACGCCGCCGGCGCACGGGUGGUGCUGGACGGGCGCGGCGCCGACGCGCGUGGCGUGUACGUCAACAGGACAGCGCGGGCCGCCUGGCUGGCGGAGCGGGUGCAGCACGCGCUGCGGCAUCACCUGGAUGGCAUCAACUUCGACCUGGAGGACCCCCUGCCCCCUGGUGACCCCCUGGCCGGCGAGUAUGCCGCGCUGGUGGCGGAGGCGGCGGCCGCCUUCCACGCCACCAUCCCCGGCUCCCAGGUGUCUGUGGAUGUGCCGUGGUCGCCCUACGGCAUCGACGGGCGGUACUAUGACUGGAGCGGCCUGGCUGGGGCUGCCGACCUGCUGUUUGUGAUGAUGUACGAUACCCAGUCGCAGAUGUGGGGCCGCUGUGUGGCAGCUGCCAACUCGCCGCUGGCGCUGGCACGGCGCGGCGUGCAGCAGUGGCUCGACCUCGGCGUGCCUGCCAACAAACUUGUGCUGGGUUUGCCUUGGUAUGGCUACGUCUAUCCCUGCACCAACCAUGCAUUUGCUGCGGGUCAAGAGCAGGAGCUGUGCCAGCUGGCACCUGUCGGUUUUGCCGGCGCCCCGUGCAGCGAUGCAGCUGGGCGCCAGACCUGUUACUCUGACAUUGCUGCCAUGGUGCGGCGUGGCAGCAGCGAAGGCAGUAAUGGCAGCAGGGCCAGCAGCGGUAGCAGCAAUGGAGGCGGUGGCAGCAGGGGUCUGCUGAUAGGGCAGCGGGGAGGGGCUGGGGGCCUAGAGCGGCAGGAAGCAGAGCAGGGGCAGCAGCAGCAGCAGCAGGAGGAGGUGUUGGCAUGCGAGCAGCCUCGAUGGGACGACGCACAGGCCGCCCCUUACGCGCGGUGCCGCCGGGCAUCCGACCCGCUCACGCACUCGCACCAGGUGUGGUUUGAUGACCCAGCCAGCCUGGAGCGCAAGUGUGCGCUGGCGGCGGAGCUGGGCCUGCGCGGGGUGGGCAUGUGGCAUCUGGACUGCCUGGAUUACCGCUGCACCGACUCCACCUGCCGCCAGGGCACCGAGGCCAUGUGGGCAGCACUGCGGGCGUUUACAGGCGGGGCACAGGUGCAGAUAGAUGAUGUUGCUUGA